UUUUAAAGCGAGAUGCUGUUUUGCUUCCAUGUCUCAACUUGACGAACAAAGAAAAACCUCAAUUUUGACACACACCAAAGCCAAAAGCAAAAACAAAAAUCAUAUUAGAAAUAGGAGGAAAUUUUUGGCUUAGCAAAAACAACAACAAGAAACGAAGCAAACAAAAACGCGGUUGGAAUUUUUGUUGAUUUCCAAAUAAAAGGAGCCGUUAGUGGAUGAAGGGAUUAUUGUUAUUAUUAUUAUAAUUAUUUUUCUUGACGGCGAUCGAUGAGGUACAUGUACUUGUUGGAUCUGAAACCCUGAAACUAAUUGGUUAUCUACUUCUUCUUAUUCUUCUUCUUCUUCCAAACACAGACAUCAUUCAAUAAAAAGGUUAGAUUUGCUGCUUCAGGCAACCAAGAUUGCACCUUUGCCUAUCAUAUCUCCAGUUCUUGGAAUCCCAACAACAAUAAUUGUUCUCCUUUUCCACUUAUCAAGCUGACUAUUUAGAUAAGUCUUGCUCCUCAUUUCUCACUACCUGCUAGCCUUUUAGCUCAGCCCAAUCCUUUUUUGUUUUCCCCUUUCCUGGGAUUCUAUUUUGUUCUAUAUGUCUAGCCAAAAAUUGAAAAAGAUAUAAAGUAGAUAGGGGAAAGAUUUAAUUUUGUGGACGCCCAGAUCUUUAUUACUAUUUUCUAGGUGGUUGAUAAUUAAUAUUUGGGUCGUUGUUUUGUUCUGACUUUCCCAGCGAGCCAAUAAAAAACCCAAAAUUCUUCUAAUUUCCUGUGUUUCUUGUUUGCCUUUCCCUUAUGUAUACAACUCCUCUCUAAGCUCUUACUUUCUUGGGUUUUACUUGAUUUCUUGGAGUGCACUCUGUAGAUUUUACUCACCUGCAAACAUGCAUGCUAGGCAUAGAAGUCCUGGGAAUGGAUAUAGGUCUAGUUCUACGGGAAUUGGGCUUGCUGCCUCCCGGAUAUCCCCUGAAACUUCGGGUAGAGGCCAUGGCUUUUAUAAUUCAGAGCACCGCAACUUCAAGCGUGGUUUAGGUCGUGGCCAGAGCCAUCUGAAAUCAUUUCAACUACAUCCACCAACACCACGCAAAGGCAGUGACAUAUUUAUGGAAGCAGGCCGUCUUGCUGCGGAAUAUUUGGUCUCUCAGGGAUUGUUACCCCCUAGUGUGCUACCUGCCAAAUGGCAGAAUGGUAGUUUAAAGAAGCAGAUGGGCGAUUAUCAGGAUUAUAUGUCACAAGAGGUUGAUAACUUGCACCUUCCCCUGGAUGGCCGAACAUCAGUCCUUGCUCGUCUGGGAAAUGCUACCUCUGAUUUGGGUUUAGACAGAAGGAGAUACCUUGAUGAUUAUAACUCGACAGGGUCAAGAAAUGUUUCUAAAGGAAGAAGGAAAGAGGGAUCUUAUCGAAGUUAUAGGUCCGAUUGGGGUCAAGAACAAGGGAGAAGCGGAUCAUGGUCAGAUAGAAUUAGGGCUUCUCCAUAUUUGGAGGUUGACGAGGAUAGUAUUUCUGGACAUCAUGAAGAGCCAUUAGCUGGUAAAGAUGUUGGUAAUGGAUUGCAGAAGCCUGUUUCAAGCGAGUUUGCACCAAAAAGUGAGGAAUUAGAUAACUCAGAAUUUGAUGAUAAGUACAAUCUACAGCAUGAAAUGGGUUCAAAGGCAAGUACUUUCGGUGCUGGGAAAGAUCUAAAGUUGGAGAGUGAUGGCGAACUCUUGAAUGGAUCUGAUGAUUCAACGAAUUUUAGCUCAGAGGUUGGAGAGCUGAAGGAUGGCAGAAAUAAUGUUGAAACUGAAGAGGAUGGUACAAUGAAGGAUUUAUCCUACCAUCAUUCUUCUACAGAGGAUGAUCCCUUGGUCAAGACUUGUGCAGAUUUACUAGCAAUGAGCAAAUUUGCCAAGGUGCCUACCAAAACACGUUCUUCCUUGACAUUGAAGAACUUAAAAGCUGACUCAGUUGCUACCAAUGAACAGGAAAGUGUUUCUGAUAUUGGAACUACAAAUGGUCCUCAAGUCUUACUUGAAGACAGUUCUCUGGGAGGUUCCUUUGGUGAUAUGCUACUAAAUAAAAGUCAGGAUCCAAAAUGCUCUGAUUCUGAAUAUUCUAAAGACUUGUCUUUUCAUUCUUUUGGGGAUGUGAGGUACUUGGAUCACAUUUAUGAUGUUGAGAAAGGUAAGUGUUCAAGGUCUCAGUCUUUCCCUAAUAGAGCCCUUUUGCUUGACAAUGAGCAUGAAUUAGUUCAGGGGAUGCCUGGUCUCCAAAGAUCCAGCCCUAUGGUUGUGGUUAAAGAGAGGGGCGGAAAGCGGGGUUUGGAGUUGAGUGAUUUGAGCAAGGGUGCCAAAAAGCCAAGAGAAUGGCUUCGGCCUGUGACUAACAAGGUUGAGCUCUUGCCCUUUUCUGAUUUUGGUGACGAGAAAGGACCUUCAGUAGAAGGGACAGCUUCACCUUCUGAGAAAGUCGGUGCGACUGUUGAUAAAGAGAUACAAGACAGUUUGGUCACUAAUUCUCAAUUCCCAGAUGGAGAUGGUGAAUCAAGUGUCAAUUAUGCACAAGAAAAGCAACUUCUUCCAAAUGCAUUCAAGAUCUGUGACCUUAAUCUGAUGGAAGCUUCUGAUAUAAAUGAAAAUCAUCAUAAUGAUCCAAUUAAUAUGUACUCCACUGCUUCAGAAACCAAAAAUGAAGCGGCAACAAUUGAUAGAGAUUUGUCAAUGAGAAAUUCCAACAACUCUGGCGGUGGCAAUAGGCAUACAAGCAACUGUAAGGAGAUUGAAGUAAUUGAUCUAAAGAAUGAUUCUACCCAAGAAGACAAGGGUGUUGAUAAUUUGGAAAGAAAGUGUGAAACAAUGUUUGUGAGCAUGAAUGGCGAUAUGACUGAUGUACCGGAUCAUUAUGAUGGGCUUACGAUUACAGAGUUCCUCAGAAAUUUUUCCAAUUGCCCUUCAGAGGAUAUCAAUCCUUACCCUCAACAAAAUGAAAACAUUAAUAGUCUGCAGAUCGAGGACAUCAAUCCUCUACAGAAUGGGAUGUGUCUUCAUAAUGGAGAGGGAACUCUUGGAGAUGACGACUCGAUAUACAUGUCCCUGGGAGAAAUACCAUUAAGCUUUUUGCCAGCGUGGCCGCAACCACCAGUGCAGGAGUAUGAAAAGCCCUUCUGAUUCUACAAUUGAUUUGUAAAGUAUCUUUCUUGUCCUUUUUUUCUUGAACUGAAGUGGGAUCUAGAAUGAUAUCAAGUAAUUACUUAAGGUCUCUGUAGGCAACAUAUGUUAGCAAUUUUUUGAUGAAGGAAUUUGAGGACAAUGCAGAUUGAGAUCAAUUUUGAGAGGGUUGUUAUAUAUGACUACGUGCCACUUGUCAGAGCCGUCUGUAACACAUUCUGAUGAGCUAUGAUGCAUUCAUGGCAAGUCCUACUAAGCUGUAAAGGGCAGUGAUAAUUAUAUGUUGAUUCAAUAUUCCGGGCUGUUUAGACGGGAAAAUUUUAUGGUUUUGGACUGUAGAGCUUGAGAGGUUAUUAGAUGCAUUAUGUGUAAUAAAUCAAUACACAAAAGAGAAAUAAUUUCGUAACAUACUGGAUAUGGUGUUAUGGAUGCCAUGCCGCAAUGACAUUUCGACCUUGGAUUUGUGCAUUACUUCUAAGCAAAGGAGUAUACAGACUGGAGUGACUGUUGAGUUGAGUUAAUGUUUUUGCUUGUUUUUUGUUGAGACUGUAAUUGCUGCUUUUUUCUUGUGCUCAAAAACCAGCUUUUUGAUUAGCAUACUUUCAGUAAUUGCAGUACGUAGCAGCUCUUCACAAGAUUUUCUGAUUGAAAAACUUAUUGAAACCACAACGUUAUCAUUAAAAAGAAGAAAGAAAACAGGAAAGGAAGAUUCAAAUUUUGGGCAUCAGAUACAUCAAGAAAACAAGGACAGGACCUUGAAAUACCAAGACAUCAAAGGCAGGACCUUACAUGCCUGUCCGUAAGAGCAGAUACUCAUACAAAGGGAUAUUCCAAUUUGAUGAGAUAUAUAGCAAAGACAGACUAGGCUUCUUUGGUUUCAAUUGGAGCAUCGGUCAAAGCUCACAACUUGACUGAUGUGCUGUUUGGCAUGUAAAGCUCAGUGGGUUUAGGGCUGUUUUCAGUGGCAAUAUUUCGCUCCCACUGUUGCCUUCUUUCUUUUUCUUUUUCUUUCUUUCUUUUUUUUUUCAAUCAUGCUCAUUCUAUUUCUUUUUAACCUUUAUGACUACAAUACAAAGA